AUGGAUCAUCUGCUUGCGAGAAAGAAAUCUCCUUCAUCCCUUCGCGCCAAACAAUUGGAAGCUGACUCCACACCUAGCUCUGCCACACCUAGCGAUCAAAUGCAGAGAGAAGCCAAAAGCAAUCCUUACACACACCCAAGCUAUGAGACUGUACUUGCCAUCAGGGGUAGCUUUAUGGUCAAGUCCGACUUGGGUAUCACAAAUGCAAGCAAGAGACUCUGCCAAAUUUUACUUGAGGCAGAGCAAUCAGUCCCUCGAAAUUCGCUGUUUUGUGACGAUUUGUUCGACGAAACUUGUGAGAGUGUGCAAGCAAGAAAUGAAGCUAUGGUUGUGCGAGACAUUUCCCCACUAAUAUGUCCAUCUGUUCAACUCCUAAGGAUCUAUGGCAUGAAGCAUCAUAAGCUUUUAAAAUGA